AUGACGACAGCGAAAGUGCAAAUAGCGUUUGACUGGCGUGGACAGAUUCCGCUAAAGAUACAAGUGUCACCAGGAGAAGUCAUAGUUUCUGUGGAAAGUGAUAUGGAAUAUAAUGUUGUAUCUAUCCCUUCGCCCGAGAAACUAUGGAGCAAUUGUGAUUCAUCUGGAAGUGAUGACAUCCUUAAAACUCUUCCUGCACCAACAUCUGCCCACAUCGGAGAAUAA